AUGAUAUCACAAGCAAAAAUUUUACCACCAGAAAUAUGGUUAUACACAUUUACAUUUCUGGAAGGACAUGAUGUUGUUCGAUCAUUUUCUUGUCUCAAUGCAUUCUUUAAUUCUCUACUUCAUUCACCACAUUUACAAUUACAUAUUCGAAUUCGACAAAAUGAAUCAAAUGAACGAUUACCUGAUUCGACUUGGUCACAUAUUCAUCUACAAAAUAUCUAUUCAAUUUCGGUAGGACGACGAAAAGCUAAUUGUCUUAUUCAAUUUUUACGAUGGCAUGCUCAAUAUCUCGUUAGUCUUCGAUCGUUAUCUAUUUAUUUAAGAAAAUCAAAACUAUAUAUUAAUAUUCAAUUUCUAAUUUUUGCACUGGAACAAAUACCUUCUCUCAAGCGUAUUCGUAUUAAAUAUAUAGCAAAAUCUGAUCAAAAUAUUGAUAAUUUAAAACCAUUGACGACAUAUAUUUUCAGUGAAAGAUCCACUUUACAAAAAUGUUCAUUUGUUUUGAAUAUGUCUGAUUACAAUAUGAUAACUUCUCAAUGGUCGAUUAAUCGGUUGUUAAAAUACCUUAACAUUAGUUCUAUUUCCUCGAUUGAUUUAGUUUCUCUCCUAUCAUUUACACCUCAGUUACAUUCACUUCAGACAACGAUGGAUGCGUGCAAAGUGAUUUCAUAUAAAAAUGUCGUUUUGACUCAUCUUGAAAAAGUAAAUCUACGUCUUGAUCGAUCGUAUUUUACACAACUGGAAGCGUUCAAAGAAAUCGUACCAAACUUACAAUCUCUUCGAUUAGAAGGUGAUUUCAAUACUAAAGACGAUAACUUUUUUAACGAGAAUAUGUGGCAUAAAUUAUUGAAUAAUAUCAAAUAUUUUUAUGUCAAUUUAACAAAAUUUGAAUUUACAGACUCAGAAAAAAUUAAUUUAAAAAAUCGUUUUCCUAAUUGUGAAGGUAAAAGUUGGUUCAGUUGGGUAGAAAAUGCACAGUAUUUGAAAGUGAUCAUAUCAUUCAAAUCAACAACAGAAUAA